AGGACGGUUCAGAGUACUGUUGGGCCACCCAUUGAACCGCGUCGAGCCGCCUUGUUUUAUCAUUUCCCUUUUCUAAUUCCCGUUCCACCCGUCUGUAAGUAAUCAAUAUCAAUGAAAAUGAAUGGAAUAAUCGGAAAAAGUGGUGUUUCAUUCUGAAAAGGCAGUUUCUCGUUGUCUCUCCUCAGUGAAAAUGUGAAUUCCAUGGAUUUCAAGCUGUUCGAUAGCAAAGAACAUGGAGAAACGAACAACGGCACAUUGUGUCUCGCUUCCAUUCGUGGCGGUAGCGAUCUUCGGGAUCUUCUCGCCCACAAUAUGCCAAAGCGUUUGUCCUGAAAAAUGCUCGUGCCACUUCAUCCAACAGCCGCGAACUGUCAUCUGUUCGAGGCAAAAUUUGGAAGAGUUCCCUGAAAAUAUUAGCGACAUAGUGGAGCAAUUAAAUUUAUCGAACAAUCUGUUGACGCAUGUCAGCAAUGAUAUUAACCGACUGAUAGAUCUACAGUACCUGAACUUGGCGAGGAACAUGUUGAGUUCAUUGCCCGCGGACAUUAGUAAUUUAAAAAGCCUGCGGAGAUUGGACUUGACUGGGAACAGAAUCCAUGAAAUCGUUGAUAUUAGUUCUGUGAGACAACUUCCUUCUUUGACAGUCCUGUAUUUGGCCAGAAAUCCGUUGUACAAUUUGGAGGGCUUAAUAAGCUCCAGACUGGAAGCUUUGGACGCUAGUCAUUGCGAAAUACGGGAACUAAGCAAUACAUCUCUGGACGGUCUGGCAGCAUUAACUACGCUAAGCUUGGUAGGAAACCCUUUGAAAUUCAUUCAGAAAGCAUGGAGUCCUAAACUACGGUGGCUCGAUAUGUCCGACUGCCUUUUGAAUUACUUAAGUCCCGAUACUUUCAGCGGAUUUCCAGAACUUGAAGAGCUUCGACUGUCCAACAAUCCUACGUUAGUCUAUAGCACAAGGAAUACAACUUUGAUUCAUCCGAAGUUGAAAAAACUUGAUGUGUCGAGAUGUAAUUUGGACAGACCAGGACUUCAUGGAUUUCCGUCGUUGUCCCAUGCUCGGCUAUCUCAUAAUCUGAUCAAUUUAUUACCAGAUCGGAUUUUCGCUAAGAAUCGAGAACUCGGUUUUUUGUACUUGAAUGGGAACGGUGUAGAAAAUUUGAACGCCAGUACUUUUGAAGGUUUAGUGAAGCUUCAAGUGUUGGACCUGUCAGAAAACAAUCUUAGAACGAUUCAUCAGUUGUCGUUUCAUGAGAACAUAGAACUCAAGAUGCUCAAUUUAUCCUAUAACAGUUUAUACGAAUUUCCAAAUAUUACGUCGGCUGUAACUUUAUUGGACGUGACGUCGAAUUUGAUUGAAAGGAUUAACGGGAACUUUCUGACAAAUAUGCCGAAAAUAAGGAGCAUCAUAAUGAGCGACAAUAAAUUAGAAACGAUUCCGAACGAGUUAAAAUCCGUCUCAUUGAAGAAUUUGGAUCUCCGCAGAAAUCGUCUGGUGGAACUGCAUAACGAUACCUUUCUUUAUCUACCGCAGCUUAUAAGAGUUGAUUUAUCAGGUAACCGUUUAACCGAGGCAAUUGACCCUGAAAUUUUUCGAAAUAAUCCGGAUCUGAACAGCAUCAAAUUGGAAGAUAACCCUUGGCGUUGUGAUUGUAAAGAGUUAUACUUUUUGUUCAACUAUUUAACGGAGCCGCCUGCGAAGUCGUCCGAAUCGAGUUUACUUUGUCAAAGUCCAGCGAACGUGUCCGGUUUUACUUGGGAAAAUGCUUGUUACAAUGCAUGGAAUGGAUCAUUAUAUUAUAGUCGAGACAAAACUUGGGGAUUUAUAAUGGUUACCGUUCUUACGAUCAUCGUUUUAUUUGGAAGUUUUAUUUCCAUCAGACACAUGAUGCGUGCUAAAAGAAGAGCUAUGGAACAAAGACAACAAUUUGAAUCCUCGAGACUUUUAAGACAAAGAAGGACUCAAAUCGUGCACGAAGAUGAGCGCAUAGAACACGUGGAACGGGCUCCAGAACCCAGAAUUCACCCUUUAGAAUUGAUCGAACCGCCUACUUACGAAGAGGCAAUGCAGAUGCCAAGAUUAGCCCGCUCGUUGGAUAAUCUAGAUACAAUUUCGGUGGAAACGUCUACAGCGCGUAUUGCGGGUUCGGCUGAUAAUUUGAGAGCACGGCAGAAGAGGACUAGAAGAUUGAAGAAGAGGAUUCAAAGCGAAGACGAUUUGCUCCGUCGAGAGGAGCGUCGGCAAGAAAGAAUCAAGAGGGAAAGAAAUGCCUCCGUUGGUAAUGUCAGGUCUGACUUACCGCAGGCUGCCAGUCAACGAAACUUCAGGCCUCCCUCUACAAACAGAAGUAGGAGGCAAAGCGUGGUAAGCGACUGUAUGGAAACCGGAAGCGGAAGAAUUCGAACUAGGCCACAAACACCGAGUGCAAGGAAGAAGAGACGGAGACGCACGGUUUACGAUGGACAUACGUCGGACGACGAGGAUUCAGAUAUUCAACGCACUGCUUCACAUAGAUCGAUCGUAAUCAGGGAACUUCGAAGAGAACCCAGAAGUGGUUACAGAGAAUCUUCGGCAGAUGUAGACUCUUAAUGUAAGGCGGUUUUUAAAGUGCGCUCUUUAUAGAAUCGUUAAAUAAUAAAAUGCAAAAUUACUCAUCACUGGCACUACAUUAUUUCUGUACUUAUGAAAUUUAGUUACGAUAAAUCAGUGUGCUCUUCUUCAUAAGCGGAGUCAGUUUUAUAAGUGAUCAGUACGAGGUUUAAUUUAAGUUUUUAAAAGGAAACAUUUUAAUUUUGAUAUUAUGUUUUAGGAUAUAAUGCUACUUUAGUUUACAUAAUUAAUUUUGUGUAUAGUAUGUAACAAAGGAUAAUUAAAUGGACAUUUACUCUGACGAAGGAGAAAAUAUUAAUCGAAUUAGAUUAUAUUGGAAGAUAGACGAUUACUUUCUUAUAUGAUUUGAUUUAUCUUGACAAGAUAAUGGCAGAUCACUUUCCGUUGACCUUCGUAGGUAAUGCACUGAUAAGAAAUAGGAAUUUCAUUGUGUAAAAUUUAUAUUGAUUUAUAUUUUCCAUAAGAAUCUGCAAUUGCAAGAAAGAUGUGACUAAUCUAACUUAACUUAAUGCGUAUAAAAAUUAUCAUUUUGAAAUGAUUAUUAUUUUAGAAAUAAUCAAGUGCUAAUAAACUCUGAACUAUAUAAUAUAAGAAAUAGCGAUGGCGAUUAUAUAAAGAUUAAGUGUACUAUCAGAGCCACUUACCUUCAAAGGCAUGUCAAAUCGUUACGCUUGGUUUUGCACGUUGCUCUUUCUUGGUUUUUGUGUUUGUUAUAGUUAUUAAAUUUUUAUAUUUGCAAGUUAAUAUAUGAAAACUAUUUUAUUAUUUAAUAAAAUUGAAACUCAAAAUUGAUCCUAAAAACAGAAGUGAUAAAAAUUCGAUUGGGCGACUUACAAAUUGAAUACCAUCAAAAUAAUAUUUGAAAACAAAAAGCAAUAUAUUAUAGAAACAUAGAGAGAUUUUGAAGUAACUCAUUACAGUUGCUUCAAGUAUCAAUUUGAUAGUUGAUUCAAAAUUACACAGAUAUUGAAAAUACUUCACAUUAAAUAUUUUAUUUGGUGUAAUCUUAAUUUAACUUAGGCAACAUUGGUUCGUUCAAUAUUUUGAAAACUUAGAAUCUUAUAAUAUUCAAAUUAAAUAAUUAAUUGACAAACAUGACGCAACUUUAUUUAUACGAAUUGUAUUGAAGAACGUGUUCAAUCUCGCGUUUGUUUUAUUUAACCCGCGACAUUUAAAAGGAUUUAAUAAAAGUUGAUAUUCUAUCCCGUGUAAUUAUUAAUAUCAUAACUUUUAAUAUUAUAGACAAUAUUUUUUACGUUAAUACCUGCUUAACAUUAAAUAAAAAUUCAAGAAGCUCAACUAUAAACAGUCAAAUAAUCAAUAAUAUUUAGCAUGUGUAUUAUUUAAACGACUCAUGUAUAAUAAUUUUAUUUAUGGAUACACUUUGUUUCAUUAUUUACCAUAAAUAUACAAAAUGAAGCGUACAAAAAUAGUGGCAGUUAAUGGUUCUACGCACUUCCAUUUACUAUCUUCCCAUUCUAACAUUUGACUUUUUACUCAAAUCUUAAUCGAAUAAAUAUUAUUGCAGUUCUUCAAUAUCCUCUUACACGAUUAAAAACAUAUCUGAUAUUUUUAACGAAUGAAUAUUCAAUAAAAAAGGUUGAAGUACAGAUUUUUGAUACUAUUUACGAUUGAGUUUUACUUCAUUUUUUAAUUCUAAGAAUAUUUUAAUAAAACACUUUUGUUAACGAAAAUAAGCUUUACGUAAAAUAUUAAAGUUUGUUAAGAUUUUUCCUAAUCCGUGUAAAAGUAUUCUCAUUUCAAAACGAUAUUACAAUUGUGUUGAAACUUAGUGUGAAGAAUAGCACAAAACCAGGAAAUUAUAGUAAUUUCACGCUGACCUGAAACGAUUAGCGUCAGUUUCGCACAACAAGCAAUUACUUGAUCGUAUCAAUGCAUCAUUUAACGCAAUACGUGAAGCAGAGAAAAUUGUAAUAGACUUUCUCAUAUCAAACGCAUUAAUCACUCGUCAACGUGGUCAAACAAACGUUAAGAGGUUUAAGAGGUUUCAUAGAAUGCUAUACUAUUAAAAGGAUUCUUUUCCACUUUCAUUGUUUAUACAAAAAGUCUCAACUAUGCAUUCCAAAUACCACAAUUUCGAAACUACGGAAGUAACAUUAAAUAACUAUGCUAGAUGUCUUAACUGUUACAUUAGUUAGCCUUAGUUUUCAUAUUUUUUAUAGUAGAAUAAGAAUUAGAAAAUCAAAACAACUGUGAACGAGUUUUUUUAAUAAAUUCAAUAUUUUAUGAAAAAAAAAUCUAUUUAUGGUAAUCAGAAUCAUAAUUGUACUUUCAUUAGAAAAAUAUUGAAUUAAUUUCGAAAAAAUACAUACAUUUACAAACAUUGGAAUUUAAAAACUGUUGUAUAAUUUUAACAUUGUGCAGAUAUAGAUAUGUAUGUUACUAAAUCGUAUCUUUUUUU